CGCGAGUGGCUCCGAAAAUGUUUCGCAUUCAGUGGACGCUACUCCUGCUGCAAUGUUGCAGCGUGCGGCUCGUCUUUGCUGAACCGUCUUGUCAGAAGUUUCAGACGGAGCCAGAUCAGCUUUUCUUUAACUGCGGAGGUUUCACGACAGCGUCCGAGUUGGCCACGAAAAUUAUCCGUCCGGAGCACAGCAAGCACCACUUCAUGCUAUCCGAGAGCCGUCUUGAGCACCUACCCGUCGACACAUUCGUGGACUUAGCGGCCACCAACGUAACGCUGAACAAAGUCCACAUCGACAACUUCGACGCAUCGCAUCCCAACGCUUUCGAAAGUCUGAACGGUACACUGUUGGAGCUGGUAUUCCUGAGAGGCAGCACCCUGCCGAAGUCGUGGAGUCUUCUCAAGAAUGUCCUCUCGCUAGUUUCGCUGCGCUUCGAGAGGCAGGUAGUUUCGAUCGACCACGACUGGAACAACCUGCCGCAGAGUCUUCGCGAUAUAUUCAUCACGGAUUCUACAGUGUCGAGCAUGGAACAAGGCGCACUCGCUGAACUCACGAAAUUGGAGCAGUUCGAGAUCAGUCUGAGUAGACUGGGUAAUUUUUCGUGGUCUGUUUUGCCAAAUCCUGCACCGUAUCUGCACACGAUAAUCCUGAGGCAAAACGGACUCACUGAAAUUCCAAAAGGAUUCAAUCCCCAACAGUUUCCUGCUUUAAAGAGUAUUCACCUCGAGUCCAAUGCAAUCACUGACUGGGAUGGGGAAACGCUUGACGCCAUUCGCACACACCCAAGCAGCCCAAGACUGAUUCUCGGUGCUAUCCCAUGUGACUGUCCUAUUCGCACGCUUCUGCAAUUUCCCAGGGAGCGAAUGUCAGGAACAUGCUCAUCCCCGGAAAGCUUGAAACACCACUUAAUUGACGAGAUCCGCAUCGAAGAGCUGCAUUGCUAAAAGCACUGAAGACGAAGGAAAUAAAGAGGCAGCGAACAGUAUUGCCUGCAAUUUCUC